UAACGUCUCAGAUUUAUCAGAUGCCGUAAAUGAUAUAAAAGCAAGAGAGAUGAUCUACAGAUACAUCAGUGAGAUACAUCACACACUCAUCUACAUCAUGACCUUCACCAUCUUCUCCAUCACCUGCCUUGCCCUGGUGGCCUCUGCUCUGGGUUGUGGAGUGCCUGCGAUUAAACCACAGACGAUCGGCAGCAGAAUUGUGAAUGGACAGAAUGCUAUCUCUGGUUCUUGGCCCUGGCAGGUCUCUCUCCAGCUCCCCAAUGGUUUCCACUUCUGCGGAGGAUCCCUGAUCAACCAGAACUGGGUUCUCACUGCUGCCCAAUGCGCUGUCGUGGCCGGCUAUCACCGUGUCAUUCUUGGAGAACAUAAUCGUGGCUCCAACGAUGAACCCAUCCAAAUCCAACUAGUUUCCAAGGUCAUCACCCAUCCGCGCUACAACAGUGCAACCUUCAACAAUGACAUUGCUCUGCUGAAACUGUCGUCUCCAGUCACAUUUACUCCCCGUAUCUCUCCUGUAUGUCUGGCUCCAUCAACCAUCAACAUCCUGCCUGGAACCCGCUGCUUCACCACUGGCUGGGGCCAGACUGCCACCACAACGAGCCCUGAGAUCCUGCAGCAAACAGGCGUACCUAUCAUAAGUCCUGCUGUGUGCAGGCAGCUAUGGGGUCAGAGCAGAAUCACUGAUACCAUGAUCUGUGCUGGAUCCUCCGGUUCCUCAUCUUGCCAGGGUGAUUCUGGUGGUCCUCUGGUGUGUGAGCGUUCAGGAGUCUGGACUCUGGUGGGCUCUGUCUCUUGGGAAAGUAGCACUUGUGACCCCCGUUUCCCUGCAGUCUACACCUGCAUCUCCCAGCUGCGCUCCUGGAUCGACAGGACUAUCCGCCCUCGUGAGGUUCAGCAGAGUGAACCAUCUCCUAUGGAACCCCCUCAUAAGGAUUGGGGUCCUAGCUCUGGUCUUAACUGUCCUGCCGCAUAUUGCUCCUCGGGUGGCUCUAGAAUGAACUUUCACAACGAGCAUUUCCUCAGACACUUUCCAGCCUUGAGAGUUCGAGAAAAAGCCCUCAGUGACAGCCAUCAAUGCCCCCAUUUCGGUGUGGUGGGCUGGCUUGAUCGGGCGAUUGGACAGCUUCCUGUUACGGAGGAGGGCAGGGCCAGACUGGGACACAAUUUCAGGCCGGGAAAUCUCACACUCAUCCAGGCCACACAGAAAAAAGAGGCCAAAUGGUACCUUUUGGGCUAUGAGCUCACUGGAUCUGAUGGGAUGGACCUCCAUAACGUCUCAGAUUUAUCAGAUGCCGUAAAUGAUAUAAAAGCAAGAGAGAUGAUCUACAGAUACAUCAGUGAGAUACAUCACACACUUAUCUACAUCAUGACCUUCACCAUCUUCUCCAUCACCUGCCUUGCCCUGGUGGCCUCUGCUCUGGGUUGUGGAGUGCCUGCGAUUAAACCACAGACGAUCGGCAGCAGAAUUGUGAACGGACAGAAUGCUAUCUCUGGUUCUUGGCCCUGGCAGGUCUCUCUCCAGCUCCCCAAUGGUUUCCACUUCUGCGGAGGAUCCCUGAUCAACCAGAACUGGGUUCUCACUGCUGCCCAAUGCGCUGUCGUGGCCGGCUAUCACCGUGUCAUUCUUGGAGAACAUAAUCGUGGCUCCAACGAUGAACCCAUCCAGAUCCAACUAGUUUCCAAGGUCAUCACCCAUCCGCGCUACAACAGUGCAACCUUCAACAAUGACAUUGCUCUGCUGAAACUGUCGUCUCCAGUCACAUUUACUCCCCGUAUCUCUCCUGUAUGUCUGGCUCCAUCAACCAUCAACAUCCUGCCUGGAACCCGCUGCUUCACCACUGGCUGGGGCCAGACUGCCACCACAACGAGCCCUGAGAUCCUGCAGCAAACAGGCGUACCUAUCAUAAGUCCUGCUGUGUGCAGGCAGCUAUGGGGUCAGAGCAGAAUCACUGAUACCAUGAUCUGUGCUGGAUCCUCCGGUUCCUCAUCUUGCCAGGGUGAUUCUGGUGGUCCUCUGGUGUGUGAGCGUUCAGGAGUCUGGACUCUGGUGGGCUCUGUCUCUUGGGAAAGUAGCACUUGUGACCCCCGUUUCCCUGCAGUCUACACCUGCAUCUCCCAGCUGCGCUCCUGGAUCGACAGGACUAUCGCUUCCAACUAGAGCACCAUUCCAUGUUUAUCCACCAGAAGUGGCAAAAGCAGUUUUUAAUUAUUAAAAUGUAAUACAGUUGAUCUCUGUUGGUGGUGUUUUUUUGUUUUUUUUUCAGUCUAUCUAUGGUUCCAGUGAUCUGGUGGUUACUUCAUGUUACUGUUUUCUUGUUCAAGUGUAUUGAAGAGUGAAAUUAAUGAUCUGAAUAAUUAAAAAUCUCUG